AUGUCCUCAGCCGAAGGUCUCCCCUGUGCAAGCAGCCAGACUCACCUGGUCCGGCACUUUGCAGAACAGCCAGUUGAACUGCACACAGACAGAUGGUCACAAUUAUGGGACACCGACAACAGCGACCUCUGGGACCGAGGCAAACCCUCUCCGGCAUUGGUUGAUCUCAUCGAAGAGCGGCGCGAUCUAGUAUCGCUCGUCGGACCGGAUGGCCGUAAGAAGAAGGCUUUAGUGCCUGGCUGCGGCAAAGGCUACGACGUAGUCAUGCUCGCGCUACACGGAUAUGACGUAUACGGGCUUGAAAUCUCGUCUACAGGGGUGUCUGUCGCAAGACGGUACGCGGAAAAUGAGCUUGCGAAUCCCCAAGCGUACAACUGGGGUGCAUCCCGGGUGGAUUGUCAGCCCGGGCAGGUGGAGUUUAUCCAGGGUGAUUUCUUUAAGCGGGAUUGGGAGAAGCCUGGGCUGAAGUUUGAUUUGAUAUACGACUAUACGUUCCUCUGCGCACUCCAUCCAACCAUGCGCCCCCAGUGGGCUGCUCGAAUGGCCGAGCUCCUUAUCCCCGGCGGCCAGCUCGUCUGCCUCGAGUUCCCACUGUACAAGGACCCAAGUCUGCCUGGACCCCCUUGGGGUCUCAAGGGAGUGCACUGGAAUCUACUCGCCGAAGGCGGGGAUGGUAUCGUCCAUCCAGAGCAAAAUGACAAAGAACCUCGACCCCCGAACGCCAAGUUCACGCGAACUCUCUACGUAAAACCCGCCCGGUCCUACGAAAGCGGACGUGGAACAGACAUGUUAAGCUUAUAUACACGCACAGACACCCAAUAG